UCGGAGUGGAGUUGGGAGGGAGGCUGAUAGACUGACUUUGUGAGGAAAGAGAAUUUCCGAGAGACGCCAUGGAAAACUCUGUGCUGUACAUGACGAGCAACUUGCUGGAGAAAAUCACGGCCGGUCGGGAUCCCAAGGAAGUGACUACACUGGCUAUCCGCAACGCAGAUGGCAGAAGGGGAAGGAUUAAGCGCAUCGAGAACCUGGACGCGUUUGUCAACCUGCAUCGGCUGGACCUUUCGUGCAACUUGUUGACUAGACUGGACAACGUGGGCUGCCUCAAGAGGCUGACGGUUCUCUCUCUGGCAGACAAUCAUAUCAGCCGACUCGAUGGUAUAGAGGGUCUUGAGAGACUAGAGGAGCUGAAUCUGACAGGGAACCGGCUGCAACAAGUUCCGAGGUCUUUGUUGUAUUUAAGAAGGUUGAGGCUCCUACGAUUGGGACGGAACAAGAUUGCAGAGCUCGCGGAAUUCGAGAAGCUUGCUGGAAUGAAGAACUUGGCUAGCCUAACCGUUCAAGGCAAUCCUAUUUCUUCUCUGCCUCAUUGUAGAGGGUUUUUGGUCUAUUCUUUGCGGACGUUGGAGGUGCUGGACGGUGACGUCGUUCCUGCGGACGAGAGGGUUGAAUGCAUCGCAAGAUUUGGACCUGUCCACACCCAGCAGCUGCAGGAGGAAAUCUGGUCUUUAAAUCAGGCGAACCGGCAAGCAACGACGAAUCUCGAGCAAGUGAAAGCUUUGCUGCAAGAAAGUAAAGAGUCCGUCAAGAAGUUGGAGGAGGAAAAUCAACGCCUGCAGAUAGCCAAUAAGGAACUUAGAGAGGAGCUCGCGCUCAAGAAGGAAUGGCUUGAUGUAACCUCUAAGCGCCUUGCGGAAGCUGGCCAGAGAAUAGGAGAGCUGCAGCAUGACAUGAUGGACAGCUGGCUGCCAUCUUCCAGCAACAACAGUGAGCACGACUCGUCUAUCGACCAGAUGCCCGUGGGAGAAGAUGAGACUGUGGUCGACUCUUGCGUAUCUCCAAAUGCAGGUGCCGGUCAAGAAGGACAGUUGACUGGCCCUGUGAGGAAGGAUUCAACUCAGAUGGCAGAGGAGGGUUGCGGGGCAGCAGAGGACGAGGUUGCUGCGCCAGAAGAAAUCUUGGCUGCUAUACACAGUGAGGUAGAGAAGGCAAAGGCAAGCUUGCUCUCUCGCUUCUCUUUUAUGGAACGAGGAGGUCUGCGGGCGGAUGCUGCUGCUGCGGACACGAUGAAAGCAGUGGAUAAAGGUGGAGAAGCGGUGAAAAUGGUGGAUGACGGAGGAGAGAGUGCUGCAGCCAUUGCAACUUUGCUCAAUCGUUUUGCUCGAUUCGUCAGACGACAGGAGCAAUUGACACGUAUGUUCAACCAGGCGAGAGGAGAGCGGCUAGCCUGUGAGAAGGAACUCCAACUCCGACUGAGCAGCACCCAGCCCAUGGCACAGGGCUUUAACGAAGUCCCCAAGCCUGGCUCUGCUUUCUCAACCACAGCACCCAGCAAUCGAGCAGGUCCAGGUGCUGGUGCAGCUGUAGGUGCAGACUACAGAGGUACACUGCCUGGGUUCGAUCUUGAUUCCACUGCAACAUCGAGGAUGAGGGAAGAGAAAGUGGGGAGCCAACCGGAUAAACAGCAGCAUGCAUGUGCCGGAGAGGUUGAACUCUCGACGACUCGCGGCGGAGGAGAAGGGGCAUCAUUGGGUCGGGCCGUUGAUGUGUGUAGUCUGCAGUUUGCACAUUGUGGAAUGGAUGAUGAGCAAAGUGACUACGAUUUCCAACUGGCAAAUGAUGGCUGUAAUAUAGUGCGUGCGAAGGUAGCAUCUGUUCCCAGUGAUCCAUCCUGCCCUUCUGAAGGCCGGAAUGUUGAUGGCAGUGAUCAUGGGGGCUGUGCAUUGACAUUGAACGGUGAUGUUCGGAACAAAUUUGUGCCCAGUAGCACUGGCAUAUCAUCUUGGAUUACUGUGAGAGGGGACAGGUUGCGAGGCAGAUGCGAGCAGUCCAUCGAUCUGGAUCAGACCUUUUUCGACCUCGGUGGUGGCAACUCCCAGUUUGGACUCGGUUCCCGCAGCUCGCCCGGGUCCGAGUUUUCCCCCAUAAGUGCUGCAGGCUCCAUCUCGUGCAGAGCGACCGUUGGAUUUGAACAGGGGCCAACCUUGACCACUGAUGUCCACACACACAUGAUGCGAGGGCACCACUUUUCAGACCCUGCAGUUCGCACGCCUUGUGGUGCUCUGCCUGUCCUCGGUUCUGGCGAUGGCCAUCAGGAUAUCUGCCUUCCUCAGGAAGAAAAGAAGCAGCCUUUACAUAAGGCCGAUCAGGAUGCUCGUCAAGAUGCAGGCGACUCGAUGAGUGAAGGUCCCUUCAGCGGAAGUCUUCUUGGAGACGACUCAAAGUUCAGCUUGGCUAACAUUGACCUGGAGCUCCAAGGCUAUCGGCCAAUGCAGGCGUCUCCUCCUGACAAGGCCACUGUUGAAACAUGGAACAAGUACAAUGUGCUUGUCGCUCAAGAAGAUGAAGCCGGGAAACUCCUUGCCAAGUGUGAGGCAGACAUUGAUAUAAUGUUUGGUAGUCUGUUGGAGUCCACCAGAGCUUGGAUGGAAGCAAACAUCCAGAGAGGGCUGGAUGUCCUGCAUUCUCGUCUUCUGACUCUUUACAGCGACGAAUUUGACCUGCUCCAAUAUCUGCGUGUAGAUGAAGGGAACGUUACUCUGGAAUCCCUGGCUCAUGCUUCUCCGGCUCUACAGAGCCCUUCUCAUGGCUCUGUGAAUGAUUUUGAUGGCUUCUUGCCAUCCUCUCGGGUGAUGGGUGUUCACGAGGUGCUGCGCGAUUUCCCUGCAAGGAGCGAGAUAAGGGGGGCGCAUAUUGAUGGGUAUGCAGUAGAGAAGGGGCUGUACAUCCAUGCAGGCGGAUUGCAACGUAGGAGUUGCAGUCCUGACUCCUUGAGCGGCUGGUCAGAUGCUGGAAAGAACAGAGUAGCAAACAAGUCAGGUUUGCAACAUCCAUUAGAGGAGAUGCAGAAGGUUGAGAUUAACUGCCUAGAUAUUGAUGCCGUCGGAGAAGCUAGGCAAACAGGCAUGCAAAUUAGCGAUCUAGGUAGGAUGGAUUCUUCUUCACGUGUUCGCAUAUUGAUGGAGAUCAUCGAGUUGCAAAAGGAGGAGUUGAGGGAAGUGUAUGAACAAUUGAAAGGGUGCAAGCCAGAGGGGGACAACGACCGCCUUGGAAUGGAGUUGCAGAUGCUGCCAGGAGAUCAUCUGCAUGAUGGAGAUGGGAAUAGUAGGAGAGCAGUUGGUCAGUGCUUAGCUGUCACAACAGCUCAGGAACGUGGAGUCCAUGAAGGCACCCAGACUGACCAAGAAUGCGGAUGGAUGAACGGCAGUUCCAGUGGUGGAGGGCGUGCUGAAAUAGGGAGUGCUGUAGACAGUGGCACCACUGUCGAUUUCUGUGAAGAUCCAUCAUCAGCAGCAGCAUUGUCAGACACAGUAAGAGCUAUGCCUGAUGAUUCGAAUAGUCGCGCACAGAGUGCCAGUGCAUUUGAAGUCGGAGAGUCCGUGAUAAUUCGAGGAGGACUGACGUUGCCAUCACAGACCACCACAGAGAAUGAAUCGCGACGCUUGCAAGCUAAUGCUCAGGUUAUAGGGGACGCAACCAUCAUAGCGAGGACCUCUCCAAGUCUGAGUAACUAUUCGUUGUCUUCAUCAGAAAGCUUGAGUAUUCGAUUCCGUCUAUUUAAUUACGAUUCUGAAAAUACGGACUAAGUACAGUAGAGAGGGAAGCAACAAAGCGCUUGUACAACG